CUCCCGCGGCUCGCGACAACUUUUGAGGCGGGGAGCGCGCUCGCAGCCUCACUCCGCUCACAUCCAGGUCCCGCGAGGCCCCCGCCGCCCGCUGCCCUCGCUCGCGGCCGCCCCGCGCCCGCCCCGCGCCCGCCCCGCGCACCGGGCAUGUGAGCGCAGGCGGGCGCCGCCACCAUGGCCUCGCCGCGCGCCUCGCGGUGGCCGCCGCCGCUCCUGCUGCUGCUGCUGCUGCUGCUGCCGCCGCCGCUGCUGCCGCUACCCGCGGCGGCCCCCGGGACGCGGGACCCGCCGCCUUCCCUGGCCCGCCGCGCUCCGAGCCGAGCGCCCCUCGCGGGCGCGGGGCUGAAGCUGCAGCUGGAGCGCCGCCCGGAGCGUGAGCCGCCGCCGCCCACGCCGCCCCCGGGCCCCAGCCACACCAACCCUGAGCCGGGCGCCGCGGCACGGCGAGGACCCUCCGGCCGGGACCCCCGAGGCGGGAGCGCGGAUGCUGCGUGGAACCAUUGGGCAGAAAGUAACACUGAGUCCCACGUAGAAAACAUCACCUUGUAUCAGAAUCAAGAGGACAUUUCAACAGUGGCCUCCAAAGGGGACGUGUUGGGUCAGACCUCCGGGAAGAGCCACGCUGCUUCGGAUGCUCCAGAAAACCUCACUCUGUUCACUGAAACAGCAGAUGCUAGAGGAAGGAACGGCUCUUCAAGUAGAACAAACUUCACUAUUUCACCUGUUGGGUACUCGCUGGAGAUAGCAACAGCUCUGACUUCCCAGAGCGGCGCCUUAGCUUCGGAAAGUCUUCACCUGCCAUCUAGCAGUUCAGAGUUCGAUGAAAGAGUUGCCCCUUUGCAAGCAAAGAGUGGAACAACCUCAGAGAUGGGAACAGAGAGGGCAAUGGGGCCGUCAGAAGGAGUGUCUGUGCACAGCCAAGAGGCCACGACUUCAGCUUCGAGCCCGUCCUCUCUUCCUGCUUUGGAGAUGGGAGAACUGACCAUGCCUCCUCAGAAGAGAAAUUCCUCAGGCCCAGAUCUCUCCUGGCUGCAUUUCUCCAGGACACUGGUUUCCUCUCCUCUCUCAGACCAUCCCUCAUCUUCUGGAAGUACAGAGAAGCUUAACAAGUCCACUGGCGUCCAGAGCCCCUCAGUCAGUCAAACAAAGACAAUGCACGUUGCCACCGUGUUCACUGAUGGUGGCCCCAGAACGCUCCGAUCUUUGACAGUCAGUCUGGGACCUUUAAACAAGACCGAGGGCUUCCCUGAGGACUCCAGAAUUGCCAUGACUUCAGCCUCAGUCCAUCCUUCACCCUCUGCAGUGGAAUCACAAAGCAACAGAGGAGUAACUGGCAAUCCAGGGGAUGGGGAAUUCAUUGAACCAUCCACGGAACAUGAAUUUGGACUUACAUCUUUGCAUUGGCAAAAUGAUUCCCCAACCUUUGGAGAACAUCAGCUUUCCAGCAGCUCUGAGGUGCAAAAUGGAAGUCCCUUGUCUCAGACUGAGACUGUGUCUAGGUCAGUGGCACCUAUGAGAGGUGGAGAGAGCACUGCACGCUGGCCCUUGACCAACAGUGCGGCAUCUGCAGAUGUGACAGCAAACUCUGCUUCGUAUCCUGAAGGUGUGAAUGCUUCAGUGUUGACCCAGUUCUCAGACUCAACUCUACAGUCUGGAGGAAGUCACACGGCAUUGGGAGAUAGGAGUUAUUCAGAGUCUUCAUCUAUAUCUUCCUCAGAAAGCUUGAAUUCAUCACCAGCACGUGAAGAACAUUCAACCUUGGAAGACAGCCGAGAGCUGGGUGGAGCACUAGAUGACACUUCUGACAGCGCAGAGAACAGGACUUCUGGGGUGCCCUCCCUUGGCACUCACACUUCAGCUACUGUCACUGGAAAUGGGGAACGCACACUGCGGUCUGUCACCCUCACCAACACCAGCAUAAGCACGACUUCUGGGAAAGCGGGCAGCCCUGCAGCAGCCAUGCCUCAAGAAACAGAGAGUGUCUCUCUGCAUGUGAACGUGACGGACGAUGUUGGCCUGGUUUCACAGUCACUGGCCGCCUCCAGUGCCCUUGGAGUCACUGGGAUUAGCUAUGGCCAAGUGAGUGGCACAGCUAUUGAACAAAGGACUUCCAGCGACCACACAGACCACACCUACCUGUCAUCUACUUUCACCAAAGGAGAACGGGCAUUACUGUCCAUUACAGAUAACAGUUCAUCCUCAGACAUUGUGGAGAGCUCGACUUCUUAUAUUAAGAUCUCAAAUUCUUCACAUUCAGAUGAUUCCUCCUUUUCUCAUGCUCAGACUGACAGAAGUAACAUCUCAUCCUAUGAUGGGGAAUAUGCUCAGCCUUCUACCGAGUCACCAGUUCUGCAUACAUCCAACCUUCCAUCUUAUACACCCACCAUUAAUAUGCCAAACACUUCAGUUGUUCUGGGCACUGAUGCUGGGUUUGCUGGUGACUCUUAUUCUUCCUCCUCUGCUGCUGCUGCCUCUUUUUCUUCUUCAGGGCCUCCUUUGCCUCUGCCCUCUGUGUCAGAAUCCCACCAUUUAUUUUCAUCAAUUUUACCAUCAACCAGAGCCUCCGUGCAUCUGCUAAAGUCUACCUCUGAUGCAUCCACACCAUUGUCUUCCUCACCGUCACCUUUACCAGUAUCCUUAACAGCAUCUACAUCUGCUGCACUUUCUGUCUCACAAAUACCCUUACCACCAUCAUCUUCUACCCCAGUCCUGCCCAGAGCAAGAGAGACUCCUGUGACUCCAGUUCAGACAUCAACAAUGACAUCAUUCAUGUCAAUGCUCCAUAGUAGUCAAACCAUCGACCUUAAGAACCAGAGCACCCCACACCAAGAGAAAAUCGUUACAGAAUCAAAGUCACCAAGCCCAGUGUCUCUGCCCACAGAGUCCACCAAGGCUGUAACAACGAACUCUCCUUUGCCUGCAUCCUUAACAAAGUCCCCCACAGAGCAAACCCUUCCAGCCACAGGCACCAACUUAGCGCAAAUGUCUCCAGCUUUCACAACCACCAUUCUGAAGACCUCUCAACCUCCUGUGACCACUCCUGGCACCCUGUCAAGCACAGCAUCUCUGGCCACUGGCCCUAUAGCCGUACACACUACAGCUGGAAAACAGCUCUUGCCCACCCAUCCUGAAAUUCUAGUUCCUCAAAUCUCAACAGAAGGUGGCAUCAACACAGAAAGGAACCAAGUGAAUGUAGAUGCUACCACCAGAUUGAUCCCUGUGACCAGUGUACCCACAUCAGCAAAAGAACUGACCACAAGGCUUGGCGUUAUAGCAGAGUACAGUUCAGCUCCACAUUCCCUCGGAACAUCUCCCCAAACCACAGACGUUUCCACGGCUAAAGCCUUGGCUCCCAAAUCUGCCACUUUUGCUGUUCACAGCAGCACAUGGUCAACAACAACACUGUCCUCUUCAGCCUCAGUCAACAGCUGUGUCACAAACCCUUGUCUUCAUGAUGGCGAAUGCAUCACAGACAACACCAGCCGUGGCUACCACUGUAGGUGCCUGCCUUCCUGGCAAGGGGAUGACUGCAGUGUGGAUGUGAAUGAAUGCCUCUCGAGCCCCUGCCCAUCCAUGGCCAUAUGCAACAAUACUCAGGGAUCCUUUAUCUGUAAAUGCCCAGUUGGGUACUUGUUGGAAAAAGGGAUAUGUAAUUUGGUAAGAACCUUCAUGACAGAGUUUAAAUUAAAGAGAACUUUUCUUAAUACUACUGUGGAAAAACAUUCAGAUCUACAAGAGGUUGAAAAUGAGAUCACCAAAAUGUUAAAUAUGUGUUUUUCAACGUUACCUAGUUACAUCCGAUCUACAGUUCACGCCUCUAGGGAGUCCAAUGCGGUGGUGAUCUCAGUGCAGACAACCUUUUCCCUGGCCUCCAAUGUGACGUUGUUUGACCUGGCUGAUAGGAUGCAGAAAUGUGUCAACUCCUGCAAGUCCUCUGCUGAGGUCUGCCAGUUCUUGGGAUCUCAGAGGCGGAUCUUUAGAGCGGGCAGCUUGUGCAAGCGGAAGAGUCCCGAAUGUGACAAAGACACCUCCGUCUGCACUGACCUGGACGGCGUCGCCCUGUGCCAAUGCAAGUCGGGCUACUUUCAGUUCAACAAGAUGGACCACUCCUGCCGAGCAUGUGAAGAUGGAUAUAGGCUUGAAAAUGAAACCUGCAUGAGUUGCCCAUUCGGCCUCGGUGGUCUCAACUGUGGAAACCCCUAUCAACUUAUCACUGUGGUGAUCGCAGCAGCGGGAGGUGGGCUCCUGCUCAUCCUAGGCAUCGCACUGAUCGUUACCUGUUGCAGAAAGAAUAAAAAUGACAUAAGCAAACUCAUCUUCAAAAGUGGAGAUUUCCAAAUGUCCCCAUAUGCUGAAUACCCCAAAAAUCCUCGCUCCCAAGAAUGGGGCCGAGAAGCUAUUGAAAUGCAUGAGAAUGGAAGUACCAAAAACCUCCUUCAAAUGACGGAUGUGUACUACUCGCCCACAAGUGUAAGGAAUCCAGAACUUGAACGAAACGGACUCUACCCAGCCUACACUGGACUGCCAGGAUCACGGCAUUCUUGCAUUUUUCCCGGACAGUAUAAUCCAUCUUUCAUCAGUGAUGAAAGCAGAAGAAGAGACUACUUUUAAGUCCAGGAGAGAGAGGGACUCAUUGCUCUAAGCCAGUCGCCUGGGACCUCUGUGGCUCAGAGGACUGCACCAGGAGGCUAUACCCAGGAUUUGUUGGAGCCAUGCUGAGUGGCAGGCAGGAAGAGGGAUAGGCAUGCGGGGCGUGACCACAGUGGAGGGGACAGGUGGAUGUGGAACCACAGGCUGCUCAUUCGGCACCUUUGCUGUUACUGUGAACAUGAAUGUGGGCCAGUACCAAGAGAGUCUGAGUGACUGCACCACGGCACUGGCACCAGGGUGGCUAGUAGCCAGGGCAGACCACUAGGCAUCAGUGCAGGGACCUGGUUUUCCCUUCGUUUGCACUUUAGUAAAUUGGGUGGGAGGUUUCCUUUUGGAUCUGUUUCAAGUCUCUUCCAGAAAGAAGGCUUCCUUUCCUGAGACACUUUCUUAAGCAGCAAUUUGGUGAUUCCUUUGCCGCAAAAUACUAGCUUGUUAGUUACUUUCGUGCCCAGUGCCUGUGUGCUAAACAACAGAUGAGGAUGAGCGUACCACUUAAAUCUGAAGAUGUUGCUGUUGAACGGACGGUGUUUGAAUAUGUUUCUCGAUUGUCUUAUGCUACAGUUUCCAAGCCAACCCUCACAAUGAGGAAAUGAAAUGUGUGAGGCACAGCACACAACUGCAAUGUGUUUUUUUUAAGUCAAGUUCUUAAAUUUUAUUUAAGAUUUUUGUUUAAAAUCUCUUUGCAGUUAAAUCUCACUUUUUCAAACAAGCCUGGAUCAGGGCAAAACAACGGAUAUUUGGUUUUAGCUGGAGGCUCGGGAGGCAGAUUGCAGGCAGGGGGUAAUUUUCAUCCAUGAGGGCACAGCGUGGGGCCUGGGGCUCUGACCACCACCGUGGAGGCCAGAGGCAGCUGUGUAUGAAGGAGAAUCAAACUGGAUGCAGGUUUCAGCACUACAGGAAAGCAGCCUGGUGAUCCCCUGCAGCUGGAUGUGAUUAGAGGGAUGGGCUGAAUCAGCAAGUUGGAGCUCCCGCAUCGCCAGUGCUUUGGGAAGCUGCGGGGAUUCCUGAGGAAGUACAGGGAACCGAGAUGGAGCCACACGUGUUUGCUCACCUGCUACUGCAGUACUUUGUCCCCAGAAUCCCGUCCACAAAUCCCGUGUAAACUUUCAGCCACGCAAAGCUGUUUACUCGGCUGAAGAAGUCACUUAUUUUUUCUUACCCAGUCAUUUGCACCUCUUUAUAUGGCUGUGUAACGCUCUCCAGACACACAGUUAUGCUUCCAGUCAGCGUGGGAGAACCGAAGACUUCCGGUUGGUCGAGGAUCUGCGAGUUGACUUUUGAGAAGGAAGUUCAUGUGUCUUAUUUAUUACUCCUGUGACGUGGGUCCUGCCAGGAAGACAUCCAGUACUCAUUGUCUUUAAUUGCCACCUGUGGAACUGUUUAUUGGCCGGCUUUGGGGCCUCCAGGUUUUGCAUGAAGGGAGAGGAAUACAGAGGUAAAAGCAUGUCUCCAGCCUGAAGCGGAGCCCCGCAGCACACACAUUCCUGGAAGUGGUGCAGCCAUUGGGGACAGUUCUGCCCCGAGUUGGUUGUUUCUUCAAGGUCCUCUAAUCUUUUCACAGCAUAUGUAAUCCCUGCUCUUUGCAUAAUCCUUGGCCGUGAUGGUUUUAAGCACGAACUCCUGUGUCCCCUGGUUUCCAUCACUCACCAUCAUCCUGCUCUAACUAGAGCCCUGGUCAGGUGAGGCGCAUUUUCGUAGUUAAAUUGCUCUCAUCCAUGAGAUAAAUAAAAGAAGAGCUGUUUUUGUCACUAGAGGCUAACCUAAAAUUUCAAAGCAUCACGUUUUUGAAAUCUUGGACCUUGCCUUUCUCUUUCUGUAGACCCAAUGGCCCUUUGUGGCUCAGGGCCUCACACCUAACUAGAGAGCUCCAAGCUCCUGCAGCUCACCUGAGCUCACAGACUUGGCUUCUUGGCUCCUUCCGCAGCAUCCCUGCUCAUUCCCAGGACCCGCAGCUGUGGGAAGAGCCAUGUAGGGAGGCUAUUCUCAGGCAUACACUUCUGCCGCUUUCAGCUGACAUAGCAGCUGACAAAUCAUCUCCUCUGUUGGAGCCAGAAGCCUUCAGCUCUACAAAAUGAAGUGUUCGGUCCCAAAAGCAUUCUUGGGAAGAAUCCCAACGUCCAGAAAACGCUAUCCUGUGAGUUCCCAGAAUGCUUUCUCGUUUAUGGGUUUCGUCUGUAUGGAGUGGAUUAAGAGUGUUUUAUUUUGUUGUUUUAACUGGAAAAAAAAGGAGGCACCCUCGAGGUUGAGUUCACAUGGUCUCCACAGUUUCCAGGAGGUGUGUGGCAGGGGGGAAGGCACCUCAGGCUCUUAGGGGGCAUGAGUAAUGCAUGGCUGUGACCCAGUGAGGAAGGGAGAGGCCAGUCUCAUGCCUGCUUGGGGUUCCUAGCUGCAGAAGGGUCCCGCCUGGGCCGAGGGGAAAUACCUGGUAGCAGAAGAGGUCUGGAUGCACAGCUGGCAUGCCGAGGCUGUCUGCCCAGACACAGUGCUCCAUGGCAGCCCCGGCAGCCCCUGCAACUGGGGUGCACAGAUGCCACAGUCCUGCACCAAUGUCCCACAGCUGGGGGAAGGUGAGAGGAAGGGGAAAGUGAUGCGUACCUGCUCAAGAGAUGCUUAAACCUCUGUAGAGAAGAGCCAGGCCCAGGGGCACCUGUGUGUCCCAUAACACACCACAGCAGGGAAGGGUGGCUGGCUGGCUUCCUGGCAUCAGUGGUUUGGUUUAAGCUUUAGAGGGUCUUAUUGCCAUUGUGUUUUCCUCUGCCCCUUGAGCCAACCUAAGGCCCUGAAGUCUGUUUCUUUAGGCGGAUGAAUUGGCAUGCUCCUACUAUGACCAGGCUCUGGGCAGGGCUCCUCACAGCACCCUCAAGAGGUGGGCAUGGAAGUGCCCAGUUCUCAGAUACAAAAACAUUCAGAGAGAGUAAAUAACUUGCCUUGUAGAGGCAGGACUGAAACCCUCAUCUGCCUGACUCCCCCUGCUGCUCUGCCCACUGUAGUCCCCUGCCUCGCUGUCUUGGCACACAGCUCACCAUCCUGUGUACCUUAAAUAUCAAAGACGGCAAGAGAGAAAGGACCUUAAAAAUAAGGUUUUUUUCUUAAGGAACCUUAUUAUUAAGGCGUAACUAAUGACAUGAAAUUUUAAAAAAUGCUGAAUACCCUUUUGAAAAUGUCCUUUCAGUUUGAUUUUAACAUAUAUUUCUCAGACACUUGUCAUGAAGAAAAUAGUGGCUGGUUUGUGCUGGCACGUGGCUUUGGCUAUAGGAAGUGAAAGUUGAGGACCUGGGUUUCUGACAUACGUACAUGUCAGACAUAUCCAUCUGAGGGCUGCUGGCCUUGUUCCCAUGGUAAGGCCAUGGCUUCUACAUAGUGGAAGCAUAUUUUUCUGAAGCGUUUUCAGAAUUGGGAACAUAUUUGGUAGAACGUCUUAAACACAUCUUCCUCCUUUGAGAGGAAGUAUGUUUUCAGAAGCAGCUAAAUCAUUUAGAGUCAAAAUUGCUGAUAGGUGGUUCAUUCAAGCUGGCUGAUGGCAUCUGAGGUCAAACACUAAGAUGUGACGAUUGAGUUCUUAAAGAGGUAACUCUUAAAGUGGGCCCAAGGGAGAAGGCAGCAUCUUUGGACUCUUAGCCUGGAUGGCUACCUGAGAACAUGCUGUUGAAGGAUGACACCUAUACAGAUGUGAAAGUUCCCAGAGCAGGCACCUUCAGGUCACCCUCACACGUGGCUUUUUGGUGCCUGCAUGAAACUGCCUUGCCCCCUGGUGAAGUGCCCGGGUGUUCUGUAAGCCGGUUUAACUUUGCCUGAAGGAGAGAAGCCGCCCAGUCCUGUUGCCCUUGGCUAAGUUUUGCCUAACACACCCAAAACUAGGGUUUGGACCCAUAGUUCUAAAACACACCAAUUUUGAGACUACAGCACUUCUUUGGAGAGAGGAAGAAUGUACAGUUCAGUAUUUCAGUGUUUUGCAUUUUACUUGAAAUUACCCUUAGUAUCAGAUUUUUUUUUCCUAUCUGAAACAUUUUGUGGGGAUGAGAAGGGACAUUUCAUUUCCUCUUUGACAAAGUGUCAGUCUGAGGUUCUCAUGCAUGUUUCUGGAAACUUUUGUAGAGUUUGCCUUUGAGUAUAUUUUCUUUCUUUUUCUUUUCUCAAAUCUCCAAGGAAGAGAACUGACUAAAAUAGUAGGAACAUUAAAGUAUUAAAUGCCAAUUAAUUUGUUGCACUAAAGUAUCUUCAUUAGCAUUACACUCCAUCACUUCUGAUGUGAACUGUCACAGAAAAACCUAUGAAACCAAAGGGGACCAUUUAGGUCUAUAAAGAGACAGGUCUGAGACUUGCUCUGUCACCUGGGCAUUUUCAAAGAGAACAUUUUGGAGAAUUUGCGUAUUCUGAUUUUUUUUUUGAUGCACUUAACACACCUCAUUACAGAUUUCUUGGGUGGGGAGGAUGGGAUAUACCAGGGGUGGGAUGGAAUCAGUUCUGCCUGGGAAACUAAUCUGACUUAUUUACCUUUCUGUAUUAACCUUGGCCUGUCCUGAAAAGAGAAUGACUGUUUCAUCAUGAGUUGCUCUGAGUUUUGUUAAUGUUUUGUGUUGCUGGAUUGAUGGUUAAAUGAAGCAUGUAGCUGGAAUAGGAACUUUCGGAGUUUUUGCAUUGUCCUGGAUUUCUCUUUGUAAACCUUUAAACCUUAGCCCCUGAUUGAUUGUGUUAAACUCAUUAUGAGAAUGUUAUUUAAAGUUGUAUUAUAAUUGCAACCUCCACUAAUUAUUCAGUACUGUAGCAGCAAAGUAUUAUUUGUAAGAAUUUGGUUAUUUUUAUACGUAUAUUCACUAUAAGUCUGGCGUUCUAGUCAGUAAAACGAUGCAAUAAAAUUAAUAUCAUUUUC